CUCCACAGAGCAUCAUAAAACCAGUUGAAGGACAGCUACAUCAACCCACUUAUCUCAAUUAAACCUUAGGCCAGUGUGGAAGCACCACACACACCCAUCUGGAUAUUUGAGAGAUCUCAGCUGUCAAAGAGCCAAAAUGACUGUGUCAAAUUGGGGUCUGAUCAUGAACGUUGUAAACAGCAUUGUGGGUGUGAGUGUCUUGACGAUGCCCUUCUGCUUCAAACAGUGUGGAAUCAUGUUGGGCACAUUGUUGUUGUUCUUCUGUUCGUGGAUGACCCACCAGUCCUGCAUGUUUCUAGUCCACUCGGCUAGUAACACCAAACGCAGGACUUACGCUGGACUAGCUUUUCAUGCUUAUGGAAAACCAGGCAAGGCACUUGUGGAAUUAAGCAUGAUUGGCCUGAUGUUGGGGACAUGUAUUGCUUUCUAUGUCGUCAUCGCAGAUCUGGGGUCCAACUUCUUUGCUCAGCUGCUUGGGCUGGAGGUGACGCGUAGCUUCCGUAUCUUGUUACUGAUUGCAGUGUCGCUGUUCAUUGUGCUGCCACUCAGCUUGCAAAGGAACAUGAUGUCAUCAAUCCAGUCAUUUUCAGCCAUGGCACUUAUGUUCUACACACUCUUCAUGUUCACGAUGGUGCUCUCCUCCUUCAAACACGGCCUCCUCACUGGCCAGUGGCUGAACAACGUCAUUUACGUUCGGUGGGAGGGCGUCUUUCGCUGCAUCCCUAUCUGUGGCAUGGCAUUUGCCUGUCAGUCGCAAGUAUUGCCCACUUACGACAGCCUGGAUGAGCCCUCUGUGAAGAGGAUGAGCACAAUAUUCACCUCCUCGCUCAACGUGGUCACGACCUUCUACAUCACAGUGGGCUUCUUUGGUUAUGUGAGCUUCACAGAUAACAUUGCCGGGAACGUACUGAUGAACUUUCCAUCAAACCUGGUAACGGAAAUGAUCCGUGUGGGCUUCAUGAUGUCUGUGGCUGUGGGCUUUCCCAUGAUGAUCCUGCCCUGCAGACAGGCUAUCAACACCAUGCUCUUCGAGCAGCAGCAAAAGGAUGGCACCUUUGCUGCAGGUGGGUACAUGCCACCCCUCCGCUUCAAGAGCAUCACUCUUUGCAUUGUUUUUGGCACCAUGUUGGGCGGCAUCCUGAUUCCUAAUGUGGAGACCAUCCUGGGUCUGACUGGAGCCACCAUGGGCAGUCUGAUCUGCUUCAUCUGUCCAGCUCUCAUCUACAAGAAGAUCAUGAAGAAUGCCUGGACUGCACAGCUGGUUCUGUGGGUUGGUCUCGGCAUCCUGCUCAUCAGUACCUUCACCAUGGUGUCCAUUUCCUCCAACGAGCCACAGAAAUUAAACCCCCCUCUUGACGUCCCUGCAAAAACUGAGAACAAGCCUCCCAUCCUCAUUGCCCCUGAACUGCCUGAAGUACAAGUGCAAGAGAAUAGACUGGAACCUGAUCCAGGAGAGAAGCCAGAUAGGCCACCAAUUGAGGUUGAACAGCCAGCAGAGAAGGCAGCAGCAGAGCCCCCUCAAAUUAAAGUACCUGUGGAAGUGGCUGAGCAAAACAAUAAGGAUAAUAAGGUUCAGCUGGACCGCCCUGAAGCAGGUGUUGCGGUCCCAGAAGGGGAAGCCCAUCGCCAUGAGCCGCCCAACCCUCAUGACAGAGUUCAGAUAGAAGAGAUCAAAAACCAGCAGGAACUGGAGGACGAAAAUAAACAACCUGUAGUUGUGGAGGAGGAAAAGAAACUGCCUGCAGGCGAGGAGGAGGAGCUUCUUGCUGAGCAGGGGGCGGGGCAAGCACAAGAGGCAGAAGCUGUAAAAGAGGAGGAGUCAAAAGAAAAAGAAGAUAUGGCGAAAAGGGCUGUCGAUCAGGACCAGCAUGCAGUUAAUGAAGUGUUGGACAAGGCAAAAAAUCCAGAGGAUCUGAAGAAGGUUGAGCCCUUGGUGGUGGAUAAAGAACCAGAAGUGCCUGAAGUGAAGGAACAGCAUAAUGAGAAUGAAGCACCCCAAGAGAAGAAGCCAGAGGAGAUGGACAAAGCCCCUGAACUCCAGGGUGAAAAAUUGAAAGAGCACAAGGAACAGAAAGUUCCAGAUGAAAAGGAUGGAGGGGUGGACAAGGAUGCAGAUGGGGACAAGAUGGAAGUGAUUAAAAAGAUUGUUGCAGAGGGCCAGUUGGACCAUGCUGUGCUGCUCCAGGUAAUUAAGGAGCAGCAGGAACAGCAGAAAAGGCUUCUGGACCAACAAGAAAAACUACUGGCUGUGAUUGAGGAGCAACACAAGGAGAUCCACCAAAUUAAGGAGGUAGAAGAAGAACCAAAGGCAGCAGAACAGCAGAAAAGACAUGUGGACCAUGAGGAAAAACAGUUAGAUGUGAAUGAGGAGGUCCAUCAAGUAAAGGAAGGAGAAGCUGAGCCAAAGGUAGCAGCAGGUGAGUCAGCAAGCGGUGUAGGUGAAGUGGAGAAUGUAGCUGCAGCUGACGCAGUACCUGAAGUCCCAGAAGCAAAAGAGACUCAUGUCGCAGGUGGUCUUCGCAACAAUGCCCUUGAAUUGGUUAAAAUGCCCAAGGAGGAGGAGCUGAAAAAUGAAGCAGGACACGAUGGAGCAUUACCUCCAGAGGUUGGUGCCCGAGGUGUUCCUCUGCAUUCUCGAGAACCAGAACUGCCCAAAAUCGAUCCUGGCUCUCUUGCAGAAGAGGAGGAGAGAGUGAGGCAGAAAUUGGCCCAACUGGAGGCAGAGAAGGAGAGAAUAGAGAAAGAAAAGCUGGAGAAUGAAAGGAUUGAGAAAGAGGUACAGGCGCGUGUCGAAAAGGAGCGGAAGGAACGAGAAAGACGAGAGGAACUGGCACGUGAGCAGGAGCUAGAACGGGUGCGGCAGCAAAAGGAACAGCUAGAGAAGGAAAGGCUUGAAGCAGAGAGAUCAAAACUUGAAAGAGAGAAGAUGGAUAAAGAGAUCAUGGAGCGGGCCGAGAAGGAGAAAAGAUUGUUGGAGCAGAAGGAGCGGCUAGACCAGCUGCAGCGGGUCAUUGAUGCCCGACAUGUGCAGCCAGGCAAGGGUAGUCUCGAGGAUGAGAGUUUGAAACAGGAACGAGAGAAGACUGAGAAAGAGAUCAUGGAGCGUGCAGAGAAAGAGAAAAGAAUACUCGUGCAGGAAGAACAACUAGAAAAACUACAGCAGGUCAUUAAUGCAAAGAAGGAUGAUAAUGCACCCAAAGUAGAAGUCCUGCAAAUGCCUAAGCAAAAAGGAGGCAGGGACUUGAAGGAGAAUAUAAUUCCACCAGAAGAGGAGAAGAAAGAGGAAAAGAGGAACAGAGAGGAUGGAGGGCUGGAACUUAAGAGGAGACGCAGAGCCGUGGACCCUGAGGGCGGAGGAGACGCUGACCUGGAUCUUCUGCGGGACAUAGGAGGUUUAGAUUUACAUGCUGACCCAAAGGGGCAGCUCCUGGCGGGACCUCUGAUUCACACACGCCAGCUUAAACAGACGUCUCAGAGUCAGGAGAAUGAAGACUAGAAGUAGGUUGGUCUUCUGGAACCCAGUGGACCUCUCAGUGGACCUCUCAAAUACUUAGGUGAUUUGGCAGUGAGAAGAAUCUCUUUCCUCCUCAUUUGAAAAGUUGAUGCCUUUACCUAAGACAUAACAUUCCUUUUGGGUUCAUGAUGACAGUUGGCACUUUGAUUUGAUCCUUUAGUUGUCCGUCGGGAACACUGAAUCCGUAGACCCUAAUGAGCUUCCAUUAUUGUUUUGUGUGAGAUUUUGCUGAAUCUGGUGCAAUAAAGGAAAUGUCUGGUGUAAUAAACUGAGCAGGCAUCACAUUAAAAACGGACCUUGAUGGGCACACAGGGCAUUUCAGAAUAUUGUGUUUUGUACUGUCGCAUAGAAAAACAGCACAAGUAUACCCCCUUGUGGCUGCUAUGGUAAAUUGUAUGGCAAGUUCUAAAGUGUAAUGUCACGAUUGCAUAUUUCCUUUUUGAAGUUUUAUCUUCUGUGAAUGAAACUAAAAGCCAAAUUAACAUGAGAUGCGAUUUUUAAAAAAUGUAUAUUUUAUUUUCUUCUAGGAGCUUUGUUUUCUUCUUUAGGAACUAUGGACCAUUUACUGUACCUUAAUGUUUUCAGUCUGCUAUUCUGUAUAUUGAAAAUGGAGUUUAUGUUACCUUGGCCAUCAUGUUCAAUGGUCCGUCUGGUUGCUUAAAUAGUUCUCUGUAACUACGAUCACUCUGUAUGUGUGCGUGUGUGUGUGUGAGGGUGUGUCUUCAGGAUCAGAUUUUUCUUUCAUAUAGUUAACUGUUAGAACGAGUAGUUAGUCAGACCAGCUAUAAGUGAAUGAAAUAUUUGAAUAAUGUAUGUUUUCUAAAUAAUUUAGGCUUCUUUUGGUUGUUUCAGUGUGUUUAAAUUGUCUGUGACUCAGUUUUAUCACUUUGUGAAAGUACUCAACCCUCAUCUUUUGAGGUUGAUCUUAAAUUGGAGCAUAUAUUCCGGAUUUAGUGUGGAUUUAACAUGACUGUUUCUCACUGUCAAUUCCUUGUUUGCACUGUGCAGUGGGUUUCUUUUCAGGGUUGCAUUGCUUUUCUCUUGAACAUUCCAUAUUUUUGCCUUUGAUUCUUUUGAAAUUUGAUUCUGGUCAGUGCCUUAUGGGUUUUCUGUUCUGCAGUGGUGUGUAUGUGAAGUCCGUUACAUCCACAGUGUGUGUGGAUUGAAACUUUUUGUCUGCAUUUUCUAUACCUUGCUGGUUAAACUUGUUACUGACUAUUCUCUUGAUGAAUUUCCUGAUCUCGCUUUUGGAGAUCUUUUUCUUAUUUAAAAAAGAAAAUAAAUCUAUAGAGGUAUGAGU